UCAUAUUAUAAGGCGUGUAUGUUUAAAGUCAGGCUUGGGAAUCGGAUUUUACGCCUUUGGUGUGUUUCCGAGGAGCGAAUCCCAAGCUAUAGAGCACAGUUACAGUGCUAGAUCUUCUUGGAACUGAAGAGCACAGAUACACUCAGUCCGAGUUCAUUGUGCGUUUUCUUUAUCAUCAGUGACCAGCCCUGUGCAGGAGAAAACACUGUGCACCAUUAACCUUCACCAGCCUUGUGUGACGGUGGAGAGAGGGACACACAGAGAACUAGAGGACGCCCAUCCCUCACUCAUGGUUUUUUAACUCUGUUCUGCUGCUACUUUGAAGACAUGGAAAAUUCAUCUCCCCGUGGGUUUAUCUUGUGCGCUUGUGGCAAGCACAGGUACGCUUCUACUGAUUCUCAUGGCAGCUGCAUGCACUGCUUGGGCUUGGAACAUGCCAAGUCAUCUGUGUCAGAACGUGGCAAGUGCCCUCACUGUGCCAAGUUUCAACGGCGUGCAUGCCACAAGCGCCUGUCUAAGGUUCGAAAGUUCCUAAACCAGAUGACUAGUGAUAAGAAGACUAUUCCUCCUAAACCUGACCCUUUAAAGCCUGUGGUGAGUACAUCGGCCGAGGUCACUUUACCAGCAGUGAUGAAGAAAAGCCCACAGACAGAUGCACCCAGUCAGCCCUCCAUGGUGCUGUUCUCUGCUCUAUCCACCGCCACAUCCACACUGACGCCACAGUCAUCCACACUCCCCAUGGUGUUCACAAUUCGUUCACCUGCUUCCACGUCUUCCAUGCAACACGUGGCACCAGCCCACGAACCAAAAAGGGAGAAUAAUACAGGGACAGAACGGCGCUCCAGUAAUUCAGAGCGGCGCUCCAGUAAUUCUGGCUCUAAAAGCCAUUCGCACAGAGGCUCCCACAAGAGGAGGCACUCGUCAGAACGUCGAUCUAGACACUUCAGGCAGUCCCAGCAUGCCAGGCGGUCUCAUGGACUUACUCGUGCCCGCUCUAACUCCCCCCCCUCCCCUUACUCUUCUUAUUCCAGCUCGUCAGACUGCUUCUCCCCUAAGAAAGAGAUCAGCUCCCGGCUGUUGGCCCGGUUCUCUGACAUGCUAAAGAAGCAGCGAUCGCAGCUGCUGGAUGUCAUGCACUUGCAGCUGCAAGCACUACAGCAGUCCAUGCAGGCCCAGCGGGACUCUAUGGAACAACGAGUCGAAGCACUUGAGAAAAAGCAAAAAAAGUUCUUGUCUGCACCUUCUGUGAUGCAAACGCAAUCCUUGGGCUCAACCCAGGGUACAGAUUUUGCACAUGACGAUACCUUCAGACCAGAAGCUGAGCCGACGUGCAAGGAUUGGUCAGGAUCCACUGCAUCAAUGGAUUCUGACACAAUUACUGUGAAAAUUGAGGAGGAUCCAAUUUCAAUUGUGGCUGGCUAUAGUAUGGAGGAAGGGGGGGACGAUGAAGAUAAUGGUGAUAGUGAAGAUGCUUCCCUGCUCCCGGAUGUUACCCCUUCCAUGCAAGAACUUCUUUUGGCAGAUGACUUGCAAAGCCUGAUCUGUCGCGCAGCUGAAUACCUGGGAAUUGAUUUCCCGGCAGUACCAGGAAGAUUGAUAGCACCAGAUCCAACCAUGGUACCGGAGUUCGAAAACCUAGUACAGAGCACAUGGUCAAACCCAGCUUCAUCCAGACCCUUCAAGGAGGUCCAUUCUAAGAUGUACAGCUUGCAUGAAUGCCAGGCUCCUGCCUAUGACAGAAUGCCUCAGGUGAGUGGGCUCAUGUCAGCAAUCUUUCAGGCUGUGAAGCCAGCAGAUAGUAAAGAGGCUCCUGCCCCUACAAAGCAGUGGCGGUUCACAGAGGCGCUUGCAGAACGAGUUUACCAAACUGCUGGUAUGUUGGCCAGGACUGCAAACUAUCUCCGGUACCUGUCAGAUUAUCAGACACGCCUGCUUGAUGAGAUCACUGGCGAAGCACCUGCGCCACGCUUGCAGGCAGUCCUGAACGAACUGAAACUUAUUGCCCAGUUCAGCCUCCAACUGUCCUCUCAUCAGGCUGAGCUCUCUGGUAGGGCAAUGGCAUGUUCAGUAGCCAUCCGUCGACAAGUUUGGAUGGCUAACGCCAAGUAUACUGAUGCUCUGAAGGCAACUGUCGCAGACUUGCCCUUUGUAGUUGGCCACACGUUUGGGCCUCAUGUAGAUGCAGCUUUUAACGACCUGGUUUGCAAGCAGGCAUUGUAAUUAAAUCAUUAAUAGAUUUAGAUGCAUGUACAGUAUUUCCCUGUUAAGGAAGUUCCAAAUGUUACUACUGAGAUGAGCCUUGUGCCUGAUUCUGUUUAUAUAUACAAACAGUCACUAUUUGCCUGGUUUUCUUAAACCCAGGAAUUUCUCCAAUCCUGUGAUAUCUACUCAUGGUAGUGCAUCUAUAUUGACGCUGACCAGAAAAUGUGAAAAUCAGAUUGUGUGGUCAGGUGAAAUCAGUUUCAGAAUGAAUGUGUCUUAACAUAAUAAUCUUUUGGCAUCUCUACUGUAUAAAGUAUGUGCUGUAUGUGUAACUGUUAGGGGUGUGCCACUAGUUUCAAAGUAAUUGUCUUUAAGAAAAUUGAAGUUGUUAGGUUAAAGUAAAUUGAAUAAAACAGUGCAACCUUUGUCUUAUCUUUUAUCCUUUUGAUAUGAUUUUUUUUUUUUUUUCACUUUCCUUAGUUUGCUUAGAAAUUAGUCAUCUCUGCAAUGAAUUGUGGGGUUGUAGUCCUGGUCAAGGUGUUAGUUCUGUUAAAACUCGACAAAGAAAUACAUGUCCCAGUUUACACAGCAGUAGCAUUUAUGUGACAAAUCGGCUGCAUUUUCUAGUUUUGCCACGUAUUUUUAGUUUAUGGCCUACAGUACAGCUGUAAAAAUGUCAGGGUCCCGGAAGAGAUGGAAAUUUAGCUUGCAGUUGGAAUUUACAUUGAUCGGCACCCUGUUGUAAAGGGGAGGGCAGGGCAGCUAUUCUUGCUUUGAAAUCGUCACAUUAAUAAAUAGGUGUGUUUUGAUUGCUGACCAAAUACUUCUUAAAGGCAGUUACUCUGAAAAUACAAGUGUUGGCACACUCUACUAACUGUACAGCUGUGGUGCCUAACGUUCCCAAUUCCUUGGUAUUUAGGGAUUUCCCCACUGACCAGAGCCAGCAUGGGAAAGACAUGCUGUAAAACCAAUGUCAGUAUUUAAGUAUUAUUAAGAGAGUUUCUGCACCACGUAGUGCGAGACAAGAUUAUCUCUGGAACUGAUUUACAUUGUCUGAGGCAAUGCAUAAUCUACAAAAUCUGUAUUCUACAUCUUUAUAAAUUACAUCUGCUAGAUGUAAUAGCAUACUGUACAGGCAAGAUAACGCAGUAUUGACCUGGUAUAUUUGUGUUAUGUGGUUUGGAAACUCUCUAAUGUUAAAAGGCCUCAUUUUAGCAGUGUUUGCAUUAUUCUGACUUGCUAAAUGUUUUAGAAUCCUCAUAAUAGAUUAUUACAUUGCAACAAGGACAGGUUGUGUAUCGAAAUAGAUCCCAUUGUCUAAAGUCUUUCAAUGACCACCUCCACAUAAAUUCACAUAUAAUGUAUUUGCAUACUACUGUGCAGAGCAUUUGUGAGCAGUAACAAAUAAAGAAGUGUUUCAGAGAACAUUUUGGAGCACAUGGUAAUACAGGUAACUGCUUGUUAGUCUAUUAAAAAAUGUCUUUUGUUAGUGUUUA